CUGGUGAAAGGUUUAACGCUUGCGCCCGAGAAGUGCUGGUCUUUUAGUGCUGUACGAGAAUGUAAGCCCGAAGUAGUGGCGAUUUGGCGCGCAAUACUAAGCUCAAGUUGGGUAGGGGGCAUAGGGUGUGGCAGGCAGCCCGGGAACGGGCAUUUAGGGUUGGUUACCGCAGGUGGUCGAAAUGGUCGACUCCAUUGGCUGUUGGAUUAA